UUAGCGGGUUCAUGAAUUUACAGAAUUACAGACACUCGUCAUAGCCGUAAGCAAAGAGAGAGCAGAGAGGGACACAUGUCGAUAAAACUUACACCUAGCAGCUACCUGCCCAGACAGACAAUCACCGUUCAAAUUGAAAUUCCUGCGUGCUAGCCUCUCUUUUGAUCUGACAGUUAGCAAUGGAGUCGGGAACGGGAAAACAAGAAUGGAGAAACGCGGCUGACACCCACAAGAUGAGUCCGGAGGAAGUGAAGAGGGCCGGAGUGGAAGAGUCGAAGCGGCCGCCAGGCCACAACCCCGGCACCGUUCUCCACCAAAGACGCCACCUUCCCUUCAGCCUCACCACCAUCGCCAUUGCCGGCCUCGCCAUCUCCGGUGCCGUUUGGUACUUCACUUUGUAUGCCAAGAAAAAGCCGGAAGCUAGCGCCGCCGACGUUGCCAAAGUCGCUGCCGGAGGCGGUGGACCGGAAAGUACUCACCCCCGGAAGUAGCUAGGGUAGUAAAAGUAUAUUACAGAGUAGUAGCGAUGGCUAGUUCGUCUUCUCUUCUUCCAUUUUGUUUCAAUCGUUGUUGCUUAUCAAUACUAUUAACAUAUCAACAAAGUUUACAAGGACUGGAA